AUGAAUGCGAUGUAUGAUCCAUACACAUACAAAAGAAGAAGAUGUAUAAUCUCCUUCGUCCCCGUUUUAGUUUUUCUCAUAAUCUGUCUCUUUGUACCUAUCAUCAGCUAUGUAGUUAUCCAACCUCGAGUUCCACGGUUCGUGCUCGAAGAUCUCUACGUUGAUUCCCACUCCAAAAACUCUAGUGUAAUUGUGAAACUGUCAUCGACCAACCCAAGCCACAAUACCAGUGUUAACUACAUUAAUAUGAAUCUACACAUACGAGUCCUAGGAGGGUUUGAGACAGAGAGAGUUUUCUUGGGAGGCACGUUUCAGCAGAAGCCACGCAGCACUAAGACUUGGGAAGCUGUUGUAGCGAAAAAUAACGACACCGGAAACCCUACCGGGGCUUUUCUUGUGAGACACGGUGAGGCCAACGGUGAUGUUAUCGCGGAUAUGAAGAUACAAUGGAAGAGAGGGAUCUUCUCGCCAUUAAAGUUUGGUCUGCAAGUAACAUGUCCGGUUUUGCUCAAUUUGAAAGAUUUAAGCUAUGCAGAUACCAUACGAACGAUGUCUACUUGCUCUCAUCACUUUCAGUUUUGA